AUGCCGCCCAUUCCCCCCUUCCUGGGACCCGACGAGUCCGAACGCAUGUACUUGAUCGUCGUGACGCCCGGAAUAUCUGAGGAGAAUAAGCAAAUGGCGUACAAGAUGCACGAGAAAAUGUGUUUGGCCAAGGAGCAGUUCAAGGAGGCAGAGGAGGGCUCCGCGGAGCACAAAGACCUCGGACUGAAGUACAUGGAGGCCGAGGUCCGGUUCAAUACCUACGCCUCGAUGAUCAUCGCUCUUGCGGAGCCGGAGGUGCAGCCGGAGAAGGAAGAGCCCAAGGGCUAUCUUGCCGGAGACGACGGCGACGGUGACGACGACAGUGACGACGACGAUAAGAAAAACGAUGACGAAGAGGACGAUCAGACCGAGGCCAUGUACGCAGGCGGAAACAACGACAGUGAUGCCGACACCAUAUCCGGCCAUGAGGCCUAG